CUUUUCCUCACUCCUCCUCACUACUCCAGUUUAACCUACACAGACUUGGCCAUCCUCCGAAGAAGAAGAAGACGAAGCAACAAUUCUUCGAUUAUCCCUAAAAAUUUCAAAGAAUGCCUUCUUCCGAUUCGCCAAUGUCUCUAAUCAUUUCCAAAUGCACCGUCUUCCCUGACCUGCCCUCCUCCCUCGACGACCUCCCCCUCUCCGUCUCCGACCUCCCCAUGCUCUCCUGCCAUUACAUCCAGAAGGGCCUCCUCUUCCCCCUCCCUCCCUACCCCAUCAUCCCCUCCACCCUCAUCCCCCUCCUCAAAAGCUCCCUCUCCCAAACCCUCUCCCGCUUCCACCCAUUGGCUGGCAGACUAACCACCUAUCCCACCGGCCAGGUGUACAUCAGCUGCAACGAUGCUGGCGCCGACUUCAUCCACGCGUCCGCCCCCAGUCUCUCAAUCAGAGAUGUUUUGGGCCCUGCUGACGUCCCCGAUUGCGUCAAGGAGUUGUUCGCCUUCGACAGGACCGUCAGCUACACUGGCCAUCACAACGCAAUCCUGGCCGUCCAGGUCACUGAGCUCAACGACGCCGUUUUUAUCGGAUGCUCCGUCAACCACGCCGUCACCGACGGCACCUCCUUCUGGAACUUCUUCAACACCUUCGCGGAGCUCUGCCGAGCAUCUUCACUAUCACCGAAUGAGAAUUAUAACUACAAAAAAUUGACAAUCACGAGGCAGCCGGACUUCAGCCGGAACUCGGUUCUGAUCUCGCCUGCAGUGCUACGAUUCCCAGACGGCGGUCCGAAAGUCACAUUCGACGUGGACGAGCCAUUGCGGGAGAGAAUUUUCAGCUUCAGCAGAGAAGCUAUACAAAAGCUCAAGGCCCGAACCAACAACAAAAAAUGGUCUGAAAGCGAAGACGUUUUGCUGAGCGCCGUCGAGAUUCUUGGGAAGCAGAGUAACGACCCCUACCAAAACAACGAUAACGGCGCGAGAGUGACGUCAAUUAUUGAAAACUGGUUCAAAACUUCGAACGCGAACUCCAAAACUACGGAGGAGAUCUCGUCGUUUCAGUCGCUCUGCGCGCUGCUCUGGCGAUCCGUGACGCGCGCGAGGAACCUGCCGUCGUCCCAAAUGACGACGUUCAGAAUGGCGGUGAACUGCCGUCACAGGCUGGAGCCAAAACUGGACGCAUUCUACUUCGGGAACGCGAUUCAGAGCAUCCCGACGUACGCGACGGCGGAAGAGGUGCUGUCGCACGACACAAAGUGGUGCGCGGAGCAACUGAACAAGAGUGUGAAGGCGCACGAUAAUAAUAGUGUGCGGGGCGUCAUUGAGGAUUGGGAACGGAACCCGCGGGUGUUCCCGCUUGGGAACUUCGACGGUGCGAUGAUGACGAUGGGGAGCUCGCCGAGGUUCCCGAUGUACGACAACGAUUUCGGGUGGGGGCGGCCGAUGGCGAUUCGGAGCGGGCGGGCGAAUAAGUUCGACGGGAAGAUAUCGGCGUUUCCGGGGAGGGAAGGAGGUGGCAGCGUUGACCUCGAGGUGGUUUUGGCGCCUGACGCAAUGGCUGGUCUCGAAACAGAUUCUGAGUUCAUGCAAUACGUGUCCAGCUGAGCCUGUAAAAUGACGUUAUAUUUUGUUUAAAGCUUAGAAGGAAGAGGUAAAAAGAUAGGAUGUGGGUGAAUGUAGGGAGGAUUAGUC